AAUAAAAUCCACACAAACACAAUUUCAUAAGCUUAGAAAAAUAAAAAUAACAAUUUGAGCAUCAUGAAACUUCAAUAUGUCGUUCUUCUCCUUGUUGUUCUAUUGGCUUCAGCAGGUGUGAAAAAUCAAGUUAUCGCAAGUGUUUGGACCCCAAUCAAGGAUAUAAAUGAUCCACAUGUAAUCAACAUCGCCAAAUACGCUGUUACCGAGCAAGACAAGAAAGCCAAACUGAAUCUGAAGCUAGAUAAGGUUAUUAGUGGUGAAACAAAGGUUGCUGAUGGGACGACAUACUGUCUCAAUAUUUCAGCUAGUGAUAAUACUGCUUCUAAUAAAUACAAUGUUGUUGUGCUGGAGAAACAAACCCUCACUUCGUUUGUCUCUCUUAAAGCUUAAGUUAUUAAAUGUUCAUAAUUCUAAGCCCUCACAACAUCACUUUGAUGUAAACUUAUUAAAUAUUCAUAAUUCUAAGCCCUCACAACAUCACUUUGAUGUAAA